GAGGCAGAAUGACAGAGUUACUGAUUCCUUGAGGUGGUGCUGCUGCUACUUAAUCAGAUUAACGUUUCAACUCAUCAAAAUCAGGAGUCUCAUCAUCGUCACAGUGAAAUCAAAUGUAUUAGGUGGGAUAUCAAAUCAACGGUGCUUUCGGGAACCAAAGAGGCUGCUCAAGAAAGGGCAGCUCUUGGCAUGGGAUUGGUUGCUGGAUCAACGGUUUUGAUUCUGACUUUCAUAUGGGGCGUUUCCAUUAUCCUUGCCAGCUAUGAUCUCUCAGAAGCUCCCACUCUUGACAAAUCUGGAAGCCAGAAAACCACACCACAAGGUUAUGGCAUUGUUACGGAUGCCGAAGCAAGCUACACUUCACGGAUAAUGCUGAUACCCUUGCUUCCUUUUCUCAUCCUUCUGCUAGCACAGGCUUUCAGUUCAUCAUCAGUGAAGAGAGUGUUUCUUCUCAUUGCACUCAUUGUCUCAGUUUUGUUGCUUUUCGGCUUCAUUUUGUAUCAGGCAUUCCAGCCUUGGAUUCAGUCUCGUAGAUUCGAGUACUUUAUGAGCAAAUAUGCGAAGGACAAGCUGCUCAGACUCUUGUCCAGGAACGGCAGGCCUGAUACUCGGAAAAUACAAGACCUGUUUAACCAAAUCGACAAGGACAGAAGCACGUCUGUAUCAGCAGCAGAACUCAGAGUGCUUCUCUUAGGUGUGAGGCUGGAUGAAGAUGAUUUGAGCACAGACAGGGAUGUUGAGAAUGUGUUGGAGUCUUUUGAUACCACCGGAGAUGGACGUAUCAACCAGGAAGAGUUCAUCGCAGGCAUGACCAAAUUACUCGAUGAUCUGGCUGAGGAGAGGCGAAACCGCAUCAAAGGAAGCAGAGCCACCAAUUCUCAGGCAAGUGAUCCAUCACAACAGGGCUUGUUAGUUAACAGCAACACCUCGAACGUAAGCAAAAGCCAAAGUUCUCAAACCACUUGGCUGAACUAUCUGCAAGCUCUUUCCUUGGUGAUUCUUGGGAUUGCAUUGAUGUCUGCUUUCGCAGAGCCACUGAUCACCAGUGUCGUGGGUUUCGCCACAGCAGCAUAUCUGCCUAAUUUCUCUGUCUCAUACUUGGCAAUACCCUUAGCUACGAACUACCGAGUUGCAGUGCAAGCAUUUGCUUCAUCCGGAAACAAGUCACAGAACUCCAUUUCUUUGACACUCUCUACACUUUACAGUAGCGUGUACAUGAACAACGUGGCGAGCUUGAUUGUGUUCCUUGCACCAGUUAAUGCUCUGAAUCUGUCUGUAGAUGUCUUUGCAGAAGUUCUGGUAGUUAUCACGAUGAACACUGUGAUGACGGCUCUGACAGGCUUCCGCACCUCAUUUCCUAGCUGGUUGGGUUAUGUCGUUGUGAUGUUAUACCCGGUUUCUCUGGCAUUAACCUAUGUUCUUACUUAUGUUCUAGGAUGGCCUUAGAAAGACUGGUUACAAUUAUUUGUGUAAAAUAUACUCCAUCUGUUUAUUUUUAGUUUUGGUGUGAGUAAAUUUCUUCAUUGUAAUAAUACUAAGUUGUUAGUGUCAGUCAUUGAGUAGAAAACAUUCUACAUUCACGAGAUUCAGUCCGGGAAAGUAGAGGUGGAGAAAGGCUACGCUAUUUCAGAAAUGUUGAAAACAUUUGAUCUCAGCAGAGAUGGAAGGAUUGAAGAAGACGAGUUCGUAGAGGGAUGCUCGAAAUGGAUCAAUGAAGCUGCGGAGCUAGCUGGAAAGGGUGACUCUGAUGCAGCAGAAUUCUUGCGAGAGGCAAUUCGCAGGAAGAGAAGAUUUGAAAAAGGCUGAAAUUGAGCAUCUAAUGGCAAGAAUACUGAAGCAUGCACACAGUGAAGAGCUUGAAGCAGAACAGCUUGUAACAGAUGACGGAAAGCCUAAUAUUGAACGAAUCAAAGCUCUGUUCAAGCAAUUUGAUACAGACAGAAGCAGCUCGCUGUCGCGGCCAGAGCUGGAGCAGUUGAUCCACACUACAGUCACCAAAACUGGAGAUUCUCAACUGCGUCAUGAAGAAAUGGUGAAGAAGUUCGUGGAAGAUUUCGACACGGAUGGCGUGACGAGCAAGAAUUCGUUCAUGGCAUGACUAAAUGGCUUAACAAAGCCAUGGACGUUACUAAAUGCAAAGAUACAAAGAGAUCAAUUGAUGAAUUUGACAAGAUUAUGUGGGGAGAAGUUGACAAUCUAGUGUAUGAAGUUGGUCGGAACGAGGACAGCCAUUUGAAGCUAUUGAGAUGGAGUUCAACAAAAUCCAUAUUUCAAGUGAUGUUAGGCAUUGCUAUACUGACCUUUCUCUCUGGACCUCUGAAGACCAGCAUCCAACACUUCUCACAUGCCAUCGGCGUGCCUGCCUUCUUCGUCUCCUUCGUUGUUGUCCCCAUAUGCUUGAAUGCACUCUCAGCAAUAUCAGCAAUAUUCCCAGCAAGCCAGAAGAGCUCAAGAACCUCUUCUCUGACAUUCUCAGAGGUAUAGAUUCGGCGUGGCUUCUUUAUGUCUUAGUAUCGUGUUUUAUUUCAUCAGUGCAUGCACGAUUUUAUCGUGGCAGAUAUAUGGUGGAGUGGUGAUGAACAACAUCAUGGGGUUGUCAACACUCUUAGCAAUUGUGUACAUAAAGGGAUUGGAAUGGGAUUACUCAGCUGAGGUGCUGACAGUUUGUUGGUGUGCGCAGUAAUUGGAGUUCUUGCAUGUUCACAAAUUACAUAUCCAUUGUGGACAUGCCUUAUGGCCUUUUUCCUCUACCCAUUCUCCUUGCUAAUGUAUUAUGUUUUCCAGUAUGUGCUAGGCUGGAAUUAAACUAGUACUAUGUAGUUUUCCUAUUUGUGUAAUUUUACUAUGUUCAGAAUAAAAAAAAGUAUCAUUGAUGAUUA